UCCGAUUGUGGCAUAUCAACAUAAGUAUGAGAGCUCUCCCCAACUCUUAGGCCCUUCACCUCAACACUCGUAACUGAUAAGGAGACCACCAACAUCUGCAAUGGCCAAAUCCACCACCAAAAAGAACAAGUGCUCCAGAGGACAUCCAAGCCCAAUCUCCAGAAAGAAGUCACAUUUCAGCACUGAUAUUGGCCAUAGAAAUUAUUCACUCUACGUAAACAGGGUCCUAAAGGAAGUGGUUCCCCAGAAUGGCAUAUCCUCUCACACCUUGGACAUCAUGAACACCCUGAUCAACGACAUCUUUGAGCACAUUUCUAUGGAAGCCUCAAACAUGAUGUGUUUCCGAAAUCGCCGCACCCUCACCCCUGAAGACAUCCAGAAGGCAGUGUACUUGCUGUUACCUACGAAACUAGCUAAGUAUGCAGUGGCUUUUGGAAGUGAAGCUGUCCACCGAUAUGUCCACUCCUAAACUCCAUGUGCCAGCUUGAUUAACUCUUGGGGAAAGUAAAUCAAACUUACUACCCAAACAA